CCUUCCUGCUUCUUAUCCCGCCUCCCUCCCUCCUCCCCUCUCUCCUCCUUUCCAAGAAAUUCCUUUUUAGAUUUGCCAGGUUGGGAGUGAUUGGAGGCGGUAGCUUCCCAAGGUAUGCUAUGCAAAAGCUGCAAGGAUCAGUUAUAUUUGCAGUGCAAGGAAGAAUGAAAAUGGAAAAGCAGGACCCAGAAGAGUCUGAAAAGGGAGAUAAAUUGGAGGCUGGAGAACCUUGUGUUUUCCAGACUGAGAACAAAAGGGAGUUUCUGACUGGAACAGCUCCACAGUGGAUUAAGCAGGAACCAGAGGAAGAGCUACAGCAGCAGCAGCAUUGGGAAAUCCAGUGGCAGGAGUUCCUGAGGACAAUGCAAGCCCCUUACUUGGGAUGGAGACACCCACAGCUGCCCCUGCCCCAGUCAGUGGAGGGCCCUAAGACAUUUCAGGCCUCUUUCAAGGGAGUAGCUGAUGCCAGCCAGAGGCCUAGAAGAGAAUGUGUGAACCAAACCCUGCCAGGCUUUACCAAAGAAGUCCUCAAGGUCCAUGGAAGCAGCCUGGAUUCAGCUGUGACAGUGAAGGAAGAGUUUCUGGAUGAUGAAUUUGGCAGCCUGGAGCUGCGUCGCCAGCAUUUCCGGCAGUUCUGCUACUGGGAGAUCAAAGGACCCCGCCAUGCUUGCCAACAGCUCCAAGAACUUUGUCGUCAGUGGCUGAAUCCGGAGAGACGCACCAAGGAACAGAUCCUGGAUUUGCUGAUCCUGGAGCAGUUCCUGACCAUCCUGCCACAGGAAAUGCAGAGCUGGGUGAGGGAAGGGGACCCCAAGACCUGUGCACAGGCGGUGGCUCUGGCAGAGGAUUUCCUGCUGGGACUUCAAGGGGUUGAGGGAAGAGAGAACCAGGUGCCUGGGGCCUUGGAAGAGGCGACUGCUAAUUGCCCUGAUGUGGAGCAGGAUCCAGUGAAGAUGGAGCUUGCCCUAGAUGCCAGACAGGAGGGUGAUGGAGAGGCCAGCUUAUUCAUGACUGAUGGAGAGGACAAAGAAGCUGGGCAGAAGAACCUUCAAUGGGAAAGACCUAAGCAAUUGGAAUUCCAUGGGGUGUCCUUGGGAAGACCUGAAGGGGACAUAUUCCUGUUUCCUGAUGUGGAAGAGACGUGUGGAAGUCAACAGGAAUCCCAAAACCACAUAAGAAGCCAUCCAGGAAUGAAACUAAAGGAAGCCUUUCUUCCUGGAGAAAGCCAAGUAGACUUCAACGAAAGUGUCAUCCAUGAGGGAAUCCACCAGCAUAAGCAGACAAAGGCUGACACUGACUGUAUGAGAAACUUCAGUCAAAUCUCAGUCACCCUUAACAAUCAGACACUGGGAACUGUUGAGAAGCCAUAUAAAUGCUCAGAUUGUGGAAGAGGCUUCCAUCAGAAACCAUAUCUUCGAGUCCAUGAAAGAACCCAUACAGGUGAGAAACCAUACAAAUGCUUGGACUGUGGGAAGUCCUUCAACCGGAGGACCGGACUUUGCAGCCAUCAGAGGGUCCACACAGGAGAGAAACCAUAUCGAUGCUCCUACUGUGGGAAGUGCUUCACUGGGACUGGAAGCCUUAAGGAACACGAGAGAACCCACACGGGAGAGAAGCCCCAUAAGUGCAUAUACUGUGGGAAAUCUUUCAAUCGCCGGGGGGUGCUGUGUAAACAUAAGAGACUUCACACAGGAGAGAAGCCAUACCGAUGCUCACAUUGUGGGAAAAGCUUCAGCCAGCGGUCCCACCUGAUUUCUCACGAGAGGACCCACACGGGAGAGAAGCCCUACGAAUGCUCGGACUGUGGGAAAAGCUUCCGUCAAAGCAAUGACCUCUCUAGGCAUCAGAAAAUCCACAAAGGUGAAAAGCCACAUAAAUGUGCAGAGUGUGGGGAAAGCUUUUAUCAGAGAGCAUACCUCAUCAGGCAUGAAAGAACUCACACAGGAGAGAAACCGUAUGAGUGCUUGGACUGUGGGAAGAGCUUCUAUCAGCAGGCACACCUUAAUGCGCACAAGAAAACCCACACGGAAGAGAAACCAUUCCACUGCUUUGAGUGUGGGAAGUCUUUCCGCCAGAGCUCGGAUCUUCGUAGACACCAGAGCAUCCACAGUGGUGAAAAGCCACACAAAUGCCCAGAGUGUGGGGAAAGCUUUUAUCAGAGAGCAUACCUCAUCAGACAUGAGAGGACCCACACGGGAGAAAAACCAUACGAAUGCUCAGCCUGUGGGAAGAGCUUUUAUCAGCAAGGGCACCUCAAUUCACACAAGAAAACCCAUACAGAAGAAAAGCCGUACCACUGCUUCGAGUGUGGCAAAUCCUUCCGUCAGAGCUCUGAUCUUUGUCGACAUCAGAGCAUCCACAAUGGUGAAAAGCAACAUCAGUGCCCAGAGUGUGGGAAAAGCUUCUAUCACAGAGUAUAUCUUAUGAGGCAUGCACGGACCCACAUGUGAGAGGAAGACAAAUCAUUUACUUAACCUUUCCUGUAGUUGAAGUGUAGGGGAAAGCUUUCUAUCAAUAGAGGAGAAUUUCACCAUUCGCAGAUUGAACAUCCAUGAUUUAAUGUAUCCACGGUCGGGUAAUUGACAUCCAGCCUCAGCAUACACGUGGGGGCGGGGGGUGAGACCAGUUUACAGGGAGUUAAUUCCAUGUAUCUGCAGGUUUGGGGUGGCCGGAAAUGACUUCCAAGGUCGUUUGUGGCUGCCAUUUUGAGGAGAAGAGCAAUUCUGUGGCUUGUAUUUUUUAAAUUGAUUUUUCACCAAAAAACUCCAGAUUUGGGACUUUUGGGGGAUGUUGCUGAACACCUGGAGACCUGUGGAGCAUGGUAAGACAUUUCCCCCCACCCCCAUUUUUAGGGCACUCUUUCAUCGUUUCCACAGCCUCCGGGAACUUAACCCCCUGAAUUCCAUUGACUUAAUGACUCGACAUCCACAGUUCUGUUAUCCAUGGUUGUAGUGGAGAAUGGAAUCCCCACAGCUACUGGGGUUUUCCUGUAGCUGUUAGGACUAUGAAAAAACAUAGCACAAUGAUCUGGUUCUGGACAUUGAACCCCCACAAGAAAUUCAUCAUCCUAAGUUGGAUUCCUAAGUUUUAUCAGACAAUAUGAAAACCCAAAGCUGAUGGUUUGGAUUUUUGUCUUAAUAAAAUAAAUAAAGUAUAAGAGGUGGAAAGAG